AUGAGUACAAUACAAAACCUCAAGAACUUCAUCCGCCAUGGGAAACAGGCUCGUAUGUCUGUCGCCCAUGGUGAGCCCAUCACAAACGUCACAACCGUCUACGCAGAACCUCAACGGAAGCCGCAGUCGCAGUAUCAGCCCGGCAUGGCUACCGGUACCCUCGAUGCCAUCGACCAACACCAACGCUCGACCAAGGCUGCAGCGGCCGCUACUGCAAAGAGCCAGGCUCGGGCCCAUGAGCAAGAGAUCGAACAGAUCGUUGCGGAGGAGAAGCUCAACCGUUCCAAACUGCCCAGUUACCCUGGUCUGGAACGGUACAUUCUUGUCGAGAAGAUGGGUGAUGGCGCCUUUAGUAACGUCUACCGUGCGCGGUACAAGUCUGGACAGUCUGGAGAAGUUGCGAUAAAGGUUGUCAGGAAAUUCGAGAUGAGUUCCAAACAGCGAGCGAGUAUCCUCAAGGAAGUCCAAAUAAUGCGCCAACUCGACCAUCCGAACAUUGUCAAAUUGAUAGAAUUCUCAGAAUCUCCUCAGUUCUACUACAUCGUCCUUGAGCUAUGUCCUGGCGGCGAAUUGUUCCACCAGAUCGUCCGCUUGACCUAUUUCAGCGAGAACCUAUCCCGUCAUGUUAUCCUACAGGUGGCAAAAGCUAUAGAAUACCUACACGAAGAAUCUGGUGUCGUUCAUCGUGAUAUCAAACCGGAAAACCUGCUCUUCUAUCCAGCUCCUUUCACUCCAACCAAAAAUCCCAAACCACCUGCUCCCGGUGACGAAGAUAAAGUUGAUGAAGGUGAAUUUAUUCCCGGCAUCGGCUCCGGUGGCAUCGGAGUCAUCAAAGUUGCAGACUUUGGGCUGUCAAAGGUUAUCUGGGACAACGAAACUAUGACUCCCUGUGGCACUGUCGGCUAUACAGCCCCGGAAAUCGUCAAAGAUGAGCGCUACUCCAAGUCGGUCGACAUGUGGGCUUUGGGAUGUGUACUCUACACUCUACUCUGCGGCUUCCCUCCCUUUUAUGACGAGUCCAUUCAAGCCCUGACUGAAAAGGUAGCGCGUGGGCAAUACACUUUCCUUUCCCCCUGGUGGGACGACAUCUCUAAAUCAGCUCAAGACCUUGUUUCACACCUCCUCACUGUUGACCCGGAAAAACGCUAUACCAUCAAGGAGUUCCUUACCCACCCCUGGAUCAGAGAAACUGAUGAAGAAACCACUGCUGCCGACGAUGCCCCUCCACUUGCUACCCCUCUUCUUUCUCACGCCAACAAGAUCCUCGAAACGCCGCUUACCGGCAUUGACCCCAAUUCUCGCCGUGCCGAUUUCCGCUCCCCAGGUGCGAUGAAUUUGCGCGAAGUCUUUGAUGUCGGAUAUGCUGUCCACAGACAGGAGGAAGAAGCUAAACGUCGCAAAGCUGGCUUCAAAGUAGGAUACCGAGGUGCAGCACUCGAUCCCCUCAGCGAGGUGGAGCAUGCGGAGCAACAGGAGUAUAGUGGCGAUGACGCCGAGUCCCAAGCUGAAAUGCAUUACUAUGACCAAGGUGGUAACCCCGUGUCAACUCUUCCAUACAAUAAAGUCCAAGGAGGCCAACAACGUCAACAGCAGCCACGCACAGGAUACAACCCUGAUGUAGCGGCUGUUGAGAACAAGUUACGAGGCACCAAUCUCAGCACAGGUCAGCAACAACAGCAGCUGAGUGCUGCCGCCCAAGCACGCCGCGCGGCCGGCACAACCACUGCUAGCAGACAACCACAGCAACGAGGCCGCCAACCAUACCAACAAGGCGGCUACGGUCAGCACAGUGCCGCCGUAGCAGCUGCGGCCAGGGAGAAUGCAGCUCGAUCGGCACAACAACCGUUCGAGCUCAGCCUAGAUAAUGCUACGCUACUAGGGAGGAGGGGGAGGAGGAUGGCUGGGCAACCUGUAUCUUGA